CUGAUAAAAAAAAGCAUCAAUAAUAGUCCAAAAAUAGGGAAAGGGGAGGAAAAUCUUCCUCUCCUUUCUCAUGGAAGGGAAAUAUAUUAUCCCAAUGGAAAUGAGCAGAGAUAACAGCUUUUGACUUCAUAAUUGCCUAGUUAUUUUCCUGCUACUCCAGUCAUGGCGGAUGCACUUGUAUCAGUAGUCUUGCAGCAAUUAACUUCCACCCUUCAAGCGGAGAUUCAGCAAGAGGGAAGACUGUUGUUUGGAGGGCAAGAAGAGGUUCAAAAGCUUACUUCUGCCCUCACUGCAAUCCGGGCUGUGCUCAAUGAUGCAGAGAAGAAGCAAGUGAAGGAAAGUAGUGUCAAGGUUUGGUUAGAAGAGCUUAAAGCCAUAUCUUAUGAAUUGGAUGACUUGCUAGAUGAGUGGAACACCAAGAUCUAUGGACCCAAAGUUGAGAGGACUGGCAAGAAAAAGAAGAUUGUACGCCUCUCUCAUGUCGUUUCUCCAUAUUUUUGUUUCAACCAAACUGUAAUGCGUCAUGAUAUUGGAAUUAAGAUGAAGGGUAUUGUGGAAAGGUUAGAUUCGAUUGCAAAGGAGAAAGAAAGGUACCAUUUUGCUUUGGAAGGGAGGAGUGAAGAACCAGAGAGAAUAGAAACUACACCUUUAAUUGAUGUUUCAGAGGUUUGUGGUAGGAAAUUGGAUAAAGAUGCUUUAAUAAGUAAGCUGUGUGAUGAUAUUCCAGGAGAAAUUAGCCCUAGUGGUCCUCUUGUUGUCUCUAUAGUCGGUAUGGGGGGGAUGGGAAAGACAACUCUGGCUCAGCUGGCCUUCAAUGAUGAAAAGGUUGAUGCCCAUUUUGAGCAUAAAAUUUGGGUGUGUGUUUCAGAGUCUUUUGAUAAGACCCAGAUAGCAAAAAUGGUCAUUGAAGCUAUUGAUAUACUCCGCCAACACUUAUUUUGGCGUGACUUGCAGAGACAGCUACACAACUGUGUCAAUGGAAAGAAGAUCCUACUUGUGCUGGAUGAUGUAAGGACUGAUGACUUCCAAAUUUAGGAACCAAUAAAAAUUUCCCUCAAAUCUGCGGCUUUGGGAAGUAGAAUUUUGGUGACAACCAGGAAUGAGAGAGCUUCAAUAAUGAUGGAAGCCGCUUACAUGCUCUCCCUAGGGAAGUUGUUGCCUGAGGAUUCUUGGUCAUUGUUUAGUAGAUUUGUUUUCUAUGGAAAGAGCAGAGAGGAUCGUGGCAAUUUGGAAGAAAUUGGUAGAAGAAUUGUGGACAGGUGCAAAGGCCUACCUCUGGCUGUAAAGACUAUGGGGAGUCUAAUGCGCUUCAAGGAAACAAAGCAAGCUUGGGAGGAUGUCCUUGAUAGUGAACUAUGGGAAGUAGAAGAAGUUGAAAGGGGGAUUUUUACUCCUCUAUUGUUGAGUUACUAUGACCUGCCGUCCCCUGUGAAAUGUUGUUUUACAUAUUGUGCUGUUUUUCCAAAAGAUUAUAAGAUGGAUAAGGACACUUUGAUACAGCAAUGGAUGGCACAGGGUUUUCUUGUUCCUGCAGGAAGCAUGGACAUGGAACAAAAAGGUUCAGAGUACUUUGACAACUUAGUAAUGCAUUCAUUAUUUCAAGAUUUGGAAAGGAAGAAGGAUGAUGAUGCAAAAAUCAAUUGCAAGAUGCAUGACAUUGCACAUGAUUUUGCCCAGUUCCUGACAAAGAAUGAAUGCUUCAUUAUGGAUGUUGAUGAGGGAAAUACGCCAAGGCUGGAUCUAUUGCGUAGAAGUGCUCGUCACCUGACCUUAAUUGGUCGAAUGAAAGACUUCCACCCCUCCAUUUAUGAUUUUAGAAAUCUACGAACACUGCAGGUCCUGCAAAUGGAAAUAAGAGCUGUUCCAGGUGAUUUAUUUAACUGCCUAACAUCUCUUAGGGGAUUAGAUUUAAGUCACACUUCAAUUGGAAGACUCCCAAGUGAAGUUGGGAAACUUUUGCAUUUAAGAUGGUUUAAUUUGUCUGCACUACCCUUGGAGGAGUUGCCUAGCACACUGUCUAAUUUAUAUAAUUUGCAGACCUUGAAACUUGACCAUUGUAGAUGUCUUCAAAGACUACCUGGAGGCCUGGGAAAACUAAUUAAUUUGAGACAUCUUAACCUUAAAGAGACUGACUGCCUAAGUUUCUUGCCACAAGGCAUUGGGAGAUUAAGCAACCUACGCACGCUAUGUAAAUUUAUUGUGAGUGAGACUAAGGAAGGGUGUAAUAUUGCAGGAUUGAAAAACCUCAACCAUCUUAGAGGGCAUCUUGAAAUUAGCGGCUUAGAGAAGGUUGUGGAUGCAGGUAAAGCAAUAGAGGCAGAUCUGAUCAACAAACAGCUUCGAAGUUUGGACCUGGUAUUUUCAUUUGGUGUGAAAGAGGUGAUGGAAAAUGUGAUUGAAGCUUUGCAACCACAUCCAAAUUUGGAAGCUUUACAGGUUUAUGAGUAUGGUGGAUCAAUUUUUCCCAGUUGGAUAACCUUGCUCACAAAGCUGAAAGAUCUGAGACUCCUGAGUUGUGUAAACUGUCCGCAGUUGCCUCCUUUAGGAAAACUGCCAUCUCUGGAAAAACUCCUAAUAGGGCAUUUCAAUAAUUUGAAAUCUGUAGGUGUUGAAUUGCUUGGGGUAGAUCCUGCCACAGAUAUUCAUGGUUCAGAAUCAUUUGUGGCUUUUCCAAGGUUGAAAGAACUCACAUUUCGCUUUAUGAUGAAGUGGGAAGAUUGGGAUACAAUAACAACCUCUGCUGCUAUUGCUAGUUUGAGUAUUAGCAGCAGUAAUGACAAUGCAUCAACAAGAAGAGCAAUGCCAUGCCUGCGCUCUUUAUCCCUUUAUGAUUGCCCCAAGCUGAAGGCAAUACCACAAGACCUCCAAGUGAUGCCCCUGGAGGAGUUGAUCGUUAGCAGGUGUCCCAUUUUGCAACAGCAGCGCCAGUCUCAAUAGCUUUCAAUUGAUCAACAGGAGGCAAUAAGUGCUGCACAUACAAUUAUAAUCAGCAGCAAGAAAGAAUGGAGUUAUUGUUGCUGCUAAUUCACAGCAACCAAAUCAAAGGAACUUUCUCUAUUUUUGAGCUCAGAAAGCAUUCAGCUGUUUGUUUAUUCAAUUGUGUUUGGCUGCACACCUUUGCAGAUGUAUGCCUGUUCAUCAGGAAGCACAUUAAGACCUGUUGCAAGGAAGAAAAAACUAAACCCAUUUGGUCAUCUCAGCCUGAAUUGGCAUGCACGUCAUAAUUUAUGUCAUGUUUACGGAUUAAAGUGUUAGGAUUCUGUCCAAAAUGUCAAAUUUGCCAAAUUGUCUUUUAGAAUGACGGUAAUAUGUAAUUGAUGUUGAUUGGUAAUAAAGUCUGUGAGACUGGAUCUCUUUGAGGUUGGUGAUUAA